AUGGAGCGGCCGGGGAGCAACGGGAGCUGCCCGGGCUGCCGGCUGGAGGGGGGUCCGUCGGCGCGGGCCGCCACCGCCCUGGCGGCCGUGCUCAUCUUCACCAUCGUGGUGGACGUGCUGGGCAACGCGCUGGUCAUCCUCUCGGUGCUGAGGAACAAGAAGCUCCGCAACGCCGGCAACAUCUUUGUCGUCAGUUUGUCUGUCGCAGACCUUGUGGUUGCGGUUUAUCCAUACCCUCUGAUCUUGAGUGCCAUUUUCCAUAACGGAUGGACCAUGGGAAAUGUUCAUUGCCAGAUAAGUGGGUUCCUGAUGGGCUUAAGUGUCAUUGGGUCCAUUUUCAACAUCACGGCGAUUGCAAUCAACCGCUACUGCUACAUCUGCCACAGCCUUCGGUACGAUAAGCUCUUCAACCUGAAGAACACCUGCUGCUAUCUCUGCCUGACCUGGAUACUCACAGUGGUGGCAAUUGUGCCAAACUUCUUCGUUGGGUCCUUGCAGUAUGACCCCCGGAUUUACUCCUGCACCUUUGCCCAGACGGUGAGUACAUCAUACACCAUCACAGUGGUGGUGGUUCACUUCAUCGUUCCACUGUCCAUUGUGACAUUUUGCUACCUACGGAUCUGGAUUUUGGUGAUUCAAGUCAAACACCGGGUGAGACAAGACUGCAAGCAGAAGCUCAGAGCAGCUGACAUCCGGAAUUUCUUGACUAUGUUUGUGGUUUUUGUCCUCUUCGCUGUGUGCUGGGGACCAUUAAACUUUAUUGGCCUUGCUGUUUCGAUUAAUCCUUCAAAAGUGCAGCCACACAUUCCAGAAUGGCUUUUUGUCCUGAGCUAUUUUAUGGCCUAUUUUAACAGCUGCCUCAAUGCUGUGAUCUAUGGGCUUCUUAACCAAAAUUUCCGGAAGGAGUACAAAAGGAUACUGCUGACACUCCGGACUCCCAGGCUGCUGUUCAUAGAUGUGUCCAAGGGUGGGACAGAAGGGAUGAAAAGCAAGCCAUCUCCAGCUGUAACAAACAACAACAACCAAGCUGAAAUACACUUAUGA